CAGCGGCAGGGACAUGAGUGUCCCUGAGCCGCCUUCCCCGGACGGGGUCCUGACAGGGCUGCCCGACAGCUUGAGGGCCGGGGAUCCGACGCCGGAUUUAAGUGAUACUUCUCCAGAUGAAGGAUUGUUAGAGGCCUUGACUAUCGAAGACAAAGCUGUGGAACAACUGGCAGAAGGAUUGCUCUCUCACUAUUUGCCAGAUCUGCAGAGAUCCAAACAAGCCCUCCAGGAACUCACACAGAACCAAGUUGUACUAUUAGACACAUUGGAACAAGAGAUUUCAAAAUUUAAAGAAUGUCAUUCUAUGUUGGAUAUUAAUGCUUUGUUUACUGAAGCUAAACACUAUCAUACCAAGUUAGUGAAUAUAAGAAAAGAGAUGCUGAUGCUUCAUGAAAAGACAUCAAAGUUAAAAAAAAGAGCACUUAAACUGCAGCAGAAAAGGCAGAAAGAAGAGUUGGAAAGAGAGCAGCAACGAGAGAAGGAAUUUGAAAGAGAAAAACAGUUAACUGCCAAACCAGCAAAAAGGACAUGAAAAGUUG